AUGAGAAAUAUUUUAGAUAUUCUUGUUGCAAAAAAUCGAGAAUUAGGAAUUUUUUAUAUACAAGAUAAUGAAUGGCAAAAUAUUGAAAAUAUAAUUCAAUUACUUGAACCAAUAUUUUUAGCAACAGAAAUAUUAUCAUCAUCAACUUAUCCAACAAUAAGUGAUGUACAAUUAAUUUUUAUUGGAUUACUUCGACAUCUAGAAUCUUUUAUUCAAAAUCAAAAUAAUUUAGAAGAUUGUGUAAUGGCUAAUUCAAUUAAUUAUGAUAAAUGUGAUGAAGCAAUUUCAUCAUUACAAAACCUUAUGCCAUUAUAUAAAAUUAAUAAUCAAUUAGGAAACACUAGAAUUAAUACACAAUCACAAGAAAAUAAAAGAUCAUAUUUUGAAUUUCUUCUUACUGAUCAAACUUCUGAAGAAAGACCUACAGAUGAUGAAAUAACUCGAUAUAUAUCAGCACCUAUUAUUAAUACUAAUCCAUUAGAAUGGUGGCAACGUUUUGAAAAAGAUUUUCCUAUUCUUUCACAAAUAGCAUUAUGUUAUUUAAAUAAAAAAGAAAGUGAUAAGUUUGAAGAAUCUUUUUUUUUGGAGUGUUAA